AUGCAGGCUGCCCUUGAGCUUGCAAGAAGCGUUUGGGAACGUUUCUGCCCUCGCUGGGGGCUCCACGCAGGGCACUGCGGGGCUGCUGCGUGGCUCCUCAGGGUUAUCCCUAAACUCUGGGUUUUCUGGCCGCCCCUCGUCCCCUUUUUCGCGUGGCUAAUGCUCAGAACAAAAUGUAGAGAAACUAUAAUAUCUAAUUUCUGGUUUUUUUUUUUCAUAGAUAUUGGUAUUAACCUGACAGAUCCUAUGUUCAGAGGAAUCUACAGAGGAACACAAAAACAUCAAGAUGACUUUUUGGAUGUAGUAGAGAGAGCCAUCAAAGUUGGUGUUAAAAAGUUUUUGAUUACAGGUGGGAGUCUACAGGACAGUAAAGAUGCAUUGGAGCUGGCACAAACAAACGACAUGUUUUACAGUACAGUUGGCUGUCAUCCUACGUGCUGUGGAGAAUUUGAGCAGAGUAGCCCUGAACAGUAUUUAUCUGAAUUAAAAAAUCUGAUUGAAAAAAAUAAGACAAAGGUAAUAGCAGUUGGAGAAUGUGGCUUAGAUUUUGACAGAUUAGAAUUUUGCCCAAAGGACAUCCAACUCAA